UUCCUUCAAAGUGCCCGCACCCUCCAGAAGAAAGCUUCCCGUUCCUGCGCAUGAGCCGCCUGGUGGCCAAGAUGGACCCGCGCAGGGUCCAGUGGGGCGCGGCGUGGAACACCUUCAGGUCCCGCGUCCUGAGGACCAAGCCCGUGGAGUCCAUGCUGGACUCGUCCACGGCGGGCACGGGCCCUCACGGCACCAGGCUGGCCCGCGUGCUGUCCACCACGGACCUGGUGUCGCUGGGCGUGGGCAGCUGCGUGGGCACGGGCAUGUACGUGGUGUCGGGGCUGGUGGCCAAGGAGAUGGCGGGGCCCGGCGUGGUGGUCUCCUUCAUUAUCGCCGCCGUGGCCUCCAUCUUGUCAGGAGUGUGUUACGCAGAGUUUGGCGUGCGCGUGCCAAAGACCACAGGCUCCGCCUACACCUACAGCUACGUGACGGUGGGCGAGUGCGUGGCCUUCUUCAUCGGAUGGAACCUCAUCCUGGAGUACUUGAUCGGCACGGCGGCGGGCGCGUCGGCGCUCAGCAGCAUGGCCGACUCGCUCGCCAACCACAGCAUCAGCAGCUUUAUGACCGCGCACGUCGGCACACUCAACGGCUUUGGUAAAGGUGAGCAGUCUUAUCCCGACCUGCUGGCGCUGCUGAUCGCCCUGCUGGUGACGGUGGUGGUGGCGCUGGGCGUGAAGAACUCUGUGGGCCUCAACAACGUGCUGAACGUCAUCAACCUGCUGGUGUGGCUCUUCAUGAUGGUGGCGGGCCUCUUCUUCGUCAGCGGGGACAACUGGGACCAGGACAGCUUCCUGCCCUUCGGAUGGUCGGGCGUGAUGCAAGGAGCCGCCACCUGCUUCUACGCCUUCAUCGGCUUCGACAUCAUCGCCACGACGGGGGAGGAAGCCAAGAGUCCCAACACGUCCAUCCCGUACGCCAUCACCGCCUCGCUCAUCACGUGUCUCACGGCUUACGUCUCGGUGUCCGUCAUCCUGACCCUGAUGGUCCCCUACAACGAGAUCGACGCGGACGCUCCCCUCAUGGAGAUGUUCGCCAAGCACGGCUGCUUGUUCGCCAAGUACAUCGUGGCGGUGGGCUCCAUCGCCGGACUGACCGUGUCCCUGCUGGGGUCUCUGUUCCCCAUGCCCAGGGUCAUCUACGCCAUGGCGGGGGACGGCCUCCUCUUCAAGUUCUUGGCCAACGUGUCCUCCUACACCGAGACGCCCGCCGUGGCGUGCGUGGUGUCGGGCUUCUCGGCCGCCCUCUUGUCCCUCCUGGUCAGUCUCAGAGACCUGAUAGAGAUGAUGUCCAUCGGCACGCUGCUGGCCUACACUUUAGUGAGUCUGUGCGUGCUCCUGCUGCGUUACCAGCCCGAAGGCGACAUCCACGGCUUCGUCAACUUCCUGUCGGAGGAGCAGAAGUCCAAGAAGAAAGAAGGCGUGCUGGCCGAGUGCGAGAAGGACGUCUGCUCGCCUUGCAACGACGGCGACGAGUACGGCGACUUGCCCACCAACACGUGCGGCGCCAAGAACUUACCCUCCUUGGACGACAACGAGAUGCUGAUCGGCAAGCCGGACAAGAACGCCUACGCCAGCGGCCACCCCAACUACGGCACGGUGGACAUGGCGAGCGGCUUGGAGGCGGAGGAGUCGGAGGGCGGGAUGACGCGGCGCCUGAAGAAAGUCAUCGGGCCGCACUAUUACACCUGGAGGAUCAGACUGGGACUACCUGGCAAGAUGGACCGACCCACGCCGGCCACGGGCAGGACCGUCACCGUCUGCGUCAUGCUGCUCUUCAUACUCAUCUUCGCUUUCUGCUCCUUCAUCAUCUUUGGAGCGAGCAGCAUCGGCGAGGGUCGCUGGUGGGCUCUGGUGCUGCUGGUGGUCUUGGUGGUCUUCCUGGUCCUGCUCGUCAUGGUCAUCCUGCAGCAGCCCGAGAACCCCAAGCGUCUGCCCUACAUGGCGCCCUGCGUGCCCUUCGUGCCCGCCUGCGCCAUGCUGGUCAACAUCUACCUCAUGCUCAAGCUGUCCGCCAUCACCUGGAUUCGCUUCUCCAUCUGGUGCCUGGUGGGCGUGCUGAUCUACUUCGGCUACGGAAUGUGGAACAGCACCUUGGAGAUCACGGCCCGGGAGAACGAGGUCCACGCCUCCACCUACCAGCGCUACGACCAAGGCGUGGACGAGGGCUUCUGCGGCUUCGAGGACGACUUCUACCCGCCCGCGGGCGACGCCUGGGGGUCGCCCGAGGCCGGGUCGGGCCCGGUCCGCGCCCCCCAGGCGGUGCCGGAGUGCGACGGCACGCCGGUUAAAGGGGGUUCCGGUCCUCACCGGGUCUUGGCGGAGGAAGACCCCAUGGACUUCUGAAAGGGGGUCUGGGUUGGUGCAUGUCCAGCAUGAUUGGUGUCUUGUCACCCCCACACUCCACUGCUUGCUUUGGCUCAUGAGGACCCACAACCCACUGAGCAGCCCAAUUAGACGUACCGAGAGAUAAGGGAGGGAACAAA